CAGUUUAACGACUCCAAAGUGCAUCAGCGGAGGAAGUUGUGGCAAGACAAAAACAUCCAAGCUGUUACCGUACCGAGUGUUCGUGUUGUGUGCGCUGUUGUUUGGGACGAGUUAACGCCGCACAAAUGCCCCACCGACUCCAAUCUGAGACACGAACUUGAAGUGGCAUACGACAAGACACCCGUUCCAUCGACCGUACGUUUAUUCUCGUCGAUCCGGUAUUUUAUUUAUACAGCAACAGGCUGCUGUUUCCAUAGCCGGGGGAUUUUCCGCCGCCUACCAAAGCAACCCACGACAGCUUCACAAAAGCAGAACCAAAAGUGGGACACACAAUGCGUGGUCGAGGGAAGUUUUAAUUAUAUAUUUUUUAAAAUCGUCGCGUUUGUCACGAAAGUUCGCACACACUCACUAGCUCGUGUCUACGCGUCGCCACAACAUGCAGGAGGAUCACACCACCGUGAACUGAUUUAAGGUCAUCAUACAUCCAUCUGUCCAUCACGUAUCCACGAAGCAGGGACAGCUACGAGUCGAUCCACUUUUAACCCAUCGCUGCCGGUUCCACGUUCAGCCCGAGGCCCUCGAGUCAGCGUCGUAGGGCACCGUCAUGGCCAUGAGAUCGAACGAGCAGACACCGCUGUUGACCCGCAGGCAGCAUCCGCUGGAGAGCGGCUUCGAGGGCAGGAGGAUCGCGUGCGCCGCUCUCCUCUGCGCCGAGACCCUGGAACGCAUCGCUUUCUUCGCCAUCACGGGCAACCUGGUGCUCUUCCUCAACGACUCCAUGGACUGGGACGGAGUGCAAGCCGCUCAGAACCUCUUCAUCCUCAUGGGCAUCACCUACCUGGCCUCCCCGCUGGGCGGCUGGCUGGCGGACGCAUACCUGGGCCGCCUGAGAACCGUGGUGGUCAGCCUCGUGGUCUAUCUCAUCGGUGCCAUCUCGUUCCCCCUGCUGAGCGCGCACGGGUCCAGGAGGGCCAUCUGCGGCGCGCGCGACGGGGCCCCCAUCGUGAACGCGUCGUGUGCCGACGGCGGGUGGCGGCCGGGAUGUCCCGAGUUGCCGGCGCCCUACUGCAGCGCGGUGAUCUACGCGGGCGUGGUGAUCAUGGCCCUGGGGGUGGCAUCCGUCAAAGCCAACAUAACGUCGUUCGGGGCAGAUCAGAUCAGAGACAGAGGCGCCGAGACCUUGCAGCGUUACUUCAACUUGUUCUACUGGUGCAUCAACGUGGGGGCGAUCGUGUCUCUGGGUCUUAUCGGUUACAUCCAACAGAACGUUAGUUUUUUGAUUGGCUACAACAUGGCCAUUGGAGCGCUCUGCCUCUCCUUGCUCAUAUUUGUUGCCUGCAGCCCAAAGUACAUCACCACACAGCCCCAUCCCAGCGCCGUACCUUACAUCUGCAAGCUGAUGUGCCUCUCCUGCUUUAGCAGAAGGCGACGACGCUCUUCUGAUGUUCACAGGGAUCAGAGGAAUAAUUCAAUUGAAGAUGUACCCGAUGUGUCUGAGAACGAUGUCAAGAGCCUGGGUCGUAUAAUUCUGGUGUUCACAGCCAUGAUACCCUAUUGGAUGGUGUACUUUCAGAUGCAGACAACAUACCAGCUCCAGAGCCUUCAUUUGCAGAUCCCAAAAAUCUUCAAUACCACCUCUUCUGGCAACUGCUCUAGUUCACCAUCAUACGUGUUCCCCACCGCGUGGUUCACGCUGUUUGACGCGCUGCUGCUGCUGGUGCUCAUCCCAGUGGCGGACCGCGUGGUGUUUGUGUGGCUCGCACGCCGGGGAUUUCGCCCCGCUCCUGUCCUCCGUAUGGCUGUUGGCAUGAUCUUUAGCCUCAGUUCUGCUGUGGCUGCAGGUCUGUUGGAGUCGGAGAGGCUAAACCGUGUGUAUCGCAGAGAAGUGGUGACGCAGUGUAUCGGUCACUCCGAGUACGAGGCGGCCAGUCUGACCGUCUGGUGGCAGCUGCCCCAGUUCCUGUUGGUGGGACUCAGCGAGCUGCUCACCAGUAUUGGGGGUUUGGAAUUUGCGUAUUCCGCGGCUCCGAAGCACAUGCAGAGUGCCGUGAUGGGGCUGUUCUUCUUCUUCUCUGGGAUCGGCUCGUUCAUGGGCUCUGGCCUUCUCAGCUUGGUGUCGCUGCCGUCCAUUGGCUGGAUGGACAGCCACAGGGACUCUGGUAGCAUAAAUCACUGCCACUUGGACUUCUACUUUUUCUUACUGGCUGGCAUCCAAAGUGUGACGCUGGUCAUCUUCGUCUGCAUGAAGUCCUGGCACACAAGCCCUGGGAAUCCCUGAGUUGCGGAUGUCAGCCAAUGAGGAAUCAUGGACACAAACAUCAAUCACACCACUUGAUCCUGCUGGUCUCAGCUAAUCAUGUUCGGAUCUGUUUGCAAUUUAAAUUCCUUAUAAAUGCUGUUUUUGUGUUAUUAAAAGUAUACGAGCCAAAACAUGUGUAAAAAGUCAAUGAAAUAACGCAGUAUUGCGCAUUUUCAUUGUUCGGGAUAACUUGUGUGCAGCAUUAUAGGUAUUUGUUUUUUGCGGAUUUUUUUUGGCAUAGAUGAACAACCCAUGUACGACAUUAAAUAAUCCAAUUAAUUGUAUUGAGACCCGGUUUCACUAACUUUUCUUUUCAUACAGAUUAGCUUGGCAAUUAACCCUUUGAUCAAUAAUUUAAGAGCAGAACUAGACUAUCAGUAAUUGUAUUAACUAGUUGGAGGUAAAUUGUGUAAUUUCAUUGAGGCGUAUAGCUAUCGUUAAUCAUUGUACGACGGGGCGUUUCUAAUUUAUAUUACUACACAAAUAUGAACAGAUUCCUGAAAAUUGUAUCAUUUUAAUCACACAUAUGCAACGGCAUCGUUUAUAUUACCAACGUUUAAUACUAUUAUGUGUGUUAUAGGACAAUUUUAUAAUAGUGCCUGUGUACAAGGGCCAUUGUUAAUGUAAAACGCGUUUUUAUAGCAGGGCGGUAGCGGCUAUACACUCCCGUGAUGAAUGCAGCACCAUGGUCUGGCUCGACAGGAGAAGGCAAUACAGCAAGUGGAAUAAUCACCAUAUCGUUCCAUGUGUACGGGGAUAUAGCGUUGCCCCCUUGCAUGUGUGUGUGUGUUUUUCCGGGUGUGCUAUGGCUUCCUCCCACAUCCUUAACAACUCAUUAAUUUGCUGAAAACAUCUUAAAAUAAAAUAAAAAUCCAAUGCGGGACCCUCCUGAAAAGAAAAGCCUGAGGUCUCAGCCUGGCUGUCCUG